UAGUUUGUCCUAUUUUAAAGAUUCAAGCUACUUUGGCAAUCAUAGUUAAAUCUAGAAGAUAUACAGCUGCAGAUUGCUUUGACAGUUUUGGCAAGAAGAGGCAUAGAUUUAACCCCACUGCUACAAUCGGCACAUAAGGAAGCAAUUGAAAUGGAAGACUUGACAUUUCAACAAAGCUUUUCUUCUAAUACUUUUUAACCAGACAGCCAGGAAGCCAUGUUCUGGAAGUUUGAUCUCCACACAACUUCUCAUAUUGACACACUUUUGGAGCGUGGGAAUGUGACCCUUUUUGAACUUUUGGAUGAGGAAGAUGUAUUGCAGGAAUGCAAGGUGGUCAACCGAAAACUUGUAGACUUCCUGGUACAGCCAGAACAUAUGGAAGCUCUAGUCACCUGUGUGACUGAGGAGCCCCCUGGAGAUGUGGAUGAAAGAGUGCGCUACAAAUAUCCAAGUGUUUCUUGUGAGAUUUUGACAUCCGACGUCACACAGAUAAAUGAUGCACUGGGUGAGGAUGAAUCUCUUCUGCGACGUCUCUAUGGCUUCCUUCAGACUGGUGGAAUCCUCAACCCUCUGUUGGCCAGCUUCUUCAGCAAGGUUAUGGGUAUUCUUAUCAACCGUAAGACUGAUCAGAUAGUUGCCUUCUUGCGUAAGAAGGAUGACUUUGUCAACCUGCUGCUACAUCACAUUGGUACCUCAGCCAUCAUGGACCUCCUGCUGCGACUCCUAACCUGUGUGGAGCAAUCACAGCUCAGACAAGAUGUAUUCAAUUGGCUUAAUGAGGAGAAAAUUGUGCAGAGGCUCAUUGGGAUGAUUCACCCUUCAAAAGAUGACAAUCAACAUUCCAAUGCUUCACAGUCUUUGUGUGACAUUAUCCGGCUGAGCCGUGAACAGAUGAUCCAAAUCCAGGAUAGUCCUGAGCCGGACCAGUUACUGGCCACGCUUGAGAAACAGGAGACAAUUGAGCAGCUGCUGAGCAAUAUGCUGGAUGGAGAACAGAACGAAUCUGUCAUAGUCAAUGGGAUCCAGGUCUUGCUGACCCUGCUGGAACCACGAAGACCCAGGAGCGAGUUGGGUGGCAUAGGGGGCUUUUAUUGCAAUAUGGAAGGGCAGAUGGAGAUGACUGCUCCCAACUGUGAAGUGGCUUCCAGCCAGGCCAGUUUGGGCACUCUGCAUGCCAUCAAACAGCGUCUCAGGGAGCUUCACCGGCUGCUCCUCGAUCCACCAAAGAAAGAAGCCAUGCAGACUACCUGGGGGGUCUUGGACCCUCCUCUAGGAAACACUCGUCUGCAUGUAGUGAAGCUGCUGGCCAGCUCAUUGGGUACAAACAACACAGCACUGCAGGACGAGAUCAUUGAACUUGGAGCCCUUGACACUAUGUUGGAUCUCUAUUUCAAGUAUACCUACAACAACUUCUUGCAUGCCCAGAUAGAGGCCUGCCUUAGCAACAUUUUCAGCCCUCUUGUUGGAGAUGAAACAAUAGAGAACCACUCGGACCCCUUCCCAGAGAGUCCAGUCAUCCAACAUUUGCUGCAGAAAUGUCGCUUAAUCCAAAGAAUUUUAUCGGCCUGGGAGGAGAAUGAGCAGUCUCAAUUGGAUGGGGGAAGACGCAAGGGCUACAUGGGGCACCUCACCCGGAUUGCCAAUGCUUUAUCUCAAGGUUCUGAGAAGUGGCCUCACUCAAAUCUCAUCAAGCAGCUCAUAAAAGAGAUGCCUGAAGAAGACCAAGAACAAUGGGAAAAAUUUGUCUCCGGACCUUUAUCAGAAACCAAUAAGAAGAACACUGUGGAUCUAGUUAACAUGCACAAUCUCCACUCAUCAAGUGAUGAUGAUGAGAACGAUCUCAAGGAGUUCAGCUUCCCUCAGGAGGCUGUUCUACAGCAGGCUUUCGUAGGUUACCAAAUGCAACAGAUGACUUCAUUCAUUGACCACUUUGGUUUUCAUGACGAAGAAUUUGGCGAGCAGGAAGAGAAUGUCAAUGCUCCCUUUGACAAAACGGCCAACAUCACCUUCUCACUGAAUGCAGAUGAUGACAGUCCCAAUGCCAACCUUUUUGACAUCUGCUACAAAGAGCGAAUUCAGCAAUUUGACGACGAUGAAGAGGCUGAUGGCUCUGAUGGGGAGGACAUCUGGCAGGAGAAGGAGAGGACUAUCACUUCGGGUACCUCACCAUCUAUGACAGUCAGAAGACUUGGUAGCACAGAUAGUGAAGAUAGUGAAGACUCAGAAGGUGAAGGGGGUGAGGAAGAGGAUCCUGGUGGGGGAGAUGGAGAGGCCGUCCCUGUCAGUAAUGGCUGUGGUGAACAAACGGAAGCGGAAAGGACAUUAGGAGAUCCUAGCUGGGCAGACAAAUCUGAUCUGUCCUCAAAGUCUACGAAACCCUCACAACUGGUGGCAGCUGAUACAGGAGCAGCAGUGUGGGACCAACCUAACUCAGGUGGCUCCUGCUCUGGCAAAGACGAGAAUUGGGCCUCCUUUCCAGAACCCUCUGAACAGCAAGAGAGUUCUUCUAAAGUGCUCACAGAGCCAGCCAGCCUCUCUCAGGAAGUGGCACAAAAUAAUGGAUCCCAAGUAGAAGCAGUCUCUAGUGUUCCACAGGAUCCUCCCACCCCAGACACUGGCCCUCCAGAAGAGAUAAACCCACCAAACUCUUCUAUCGUGACAACAGUAGCCAGCACAAAAGAACCUCCCCCAUCUACCUCUGAUUCCACCCAGCCACUUCCAGGGACAACAGAAACUCCACAACCUGAGCACAGCAACCCACAGAUAGAGCAACAGCAGCAAUCGGCAGCCAGAUAAAGGCACUCAGUGGGUCUCGUCACUGGGAAAGAACCACGGCUGCUUGCUCGAUCAAGUCUAUUUUGCCAGGGACUGUCCUCAGUCCUUCCGGUGCCUUCACCCCUAUGGGCAGGCGGGGGGCAGAAGAGAAAGCAGCAAGGGGCAACGAAAGGGCCCAGCCCUCUCUCCCUAUCUCCCCUUCCCCCCCCAAGCAAUCACUGAAGAGUCUGGUUCCAACAAGCACCUGUGAGAGAAAUGGAUGUGUGUACGAGGGCUGCAACAUCGCCCCCCUUCUGGCACAUCGUUUGGCGAAUCCCAGCAACGGUGUUUACCCCCCCCCCCCUUACUCUGGCAAGGGGCAACAACCUUUGGCCCAAGGCCUCUCCCCCUGCAUUCCCUCUCCUCAAUAUGCAUUCAUACACACUGCUGCACUGAGUAAACCUGUCUUUGAUGCAAUUAAAAUUGAUGCUUGAAUCAUAUCAGAAGUCUUCUGAUGGGGGGGUAGUGCUAGGUGGGUGGGGAGAAAACCCAUCAAAGAACUCCCUUUCUCAUGACCCUUGAAUGUCCCGCUUGCGAGCACAUUUUUUCCCAUCUACACAUUUGAUCCAAGGGGAGGUAAGCGUGACUACUGGAAGCAUCACACAGGAUAAUCAAAAUGGGCUUGCUUCAAACAGGCAUAAUGGGCUUUGCUUAAAGGUUAGGACAGCAGCAUGUGAGAUGGAAUUUGUGAGACACACAGUCUCUUUUUCCUAUUAGGAUGGAACUCUGUUUUGCAUUUUAGUGCUAAAUCCUCUGCCUCCCCCAUCCCUCCAUCCCCAGAUUAGCUAAUCCCCUUAAGGGAACUUACUGGGUAGCCCACGUGAGAAAGCAGAGAAGACUUUUCUGAUCUGUUGGCCAAACAAUAUUAGCAACACCUCCCCAGAACUGCCCAUUGUUAACUUUGAAUCUUCCACCAAUUUGCUCAGUAGGACUUCAAACCUCUUUAUGACCAUUUUGAAUCCUAAAUUGGAACCCCUAAAAGUUUUCAUCUUGAUUCUUCCUAUUUCAUCCCCUCCCAGGCAUAGUCACCACUCACUUGGUUGUCAGUCCUCUUCUCAUUCUCUUCACAUUGGAUACCGCCCUUUCCAGCUAUUUUUUCCUAUAGUGUUUAAACACCAUUUUGUCACCAGUGAAAAAGGAGUUAUUUCCACAGUACCAGCUGCAUUGGUAGAAGGAGAAACCGCUAGAUUCUGUCAUCACUUCCUUUCAGUUAAGAAGUGAGAGAAUCUUAGGGGUCAGCCCCAAGUGACUUAUUGUGUCCUUGGAGAAGCCAUUCAUUUUUAAGAGGCAUAGCAGGGAAUUCUGUACCGCUGUUUUGUUAGUACUUAUUGACAGUCAUCCCCCCCCCCCCCCAUUUCAGUGUGUUGGUAAAUCACCAGCCCUGCUGUAACAGAUAAGCCUUAAUCUUUCAAUAUUGGCCUACUUAAGCAAUUGCCUACCAUAUCUCCCCAUCACAGCCUAGAAUCCAUUUUACAGGAGUUUUCUUAUAUAUCUACAGCACAUUCCUAAAAUGUAAUUUAAAUUUCCUCUUCUUUCUCCCCCACUAAGAAACAAAAGAAAGUUCUGAAUUGUGGGUGCAGUUCUUUGACUCUUGAAAAACACUGCUGCCAUUUCUUGUGUUCCUACUGAGAAUUCUACACUUUGUGAUACGCAAGACUCAAACUGCCCUUGUAAACCUGAAUUACAGCCUUCCUUUCUGCAAGAUUUGCUCCAAAGUGUCCUCAUUAUGCCACUUUUUUUUUUUUGAUGAUGAUGAUCAAAAGUCUCCAUUUUCAGUCCUUACCCCAUUAAAUUAUAAUUCUUUUGUGUGACUCCUAGAAAACAGAAUUAUCUCCUCCCAAAUCCCAGAAUUAUGUUGGUUUUUUCCCCCUCCAUCUCUGAUCUCCUGGACUUUCUGUAACUCUUUUGAAAGCAAUCAAACAAUCAAAAUCACUAUGCCAUCUUUGCCCCCUGUCUACCAAGUUGGCCAAGAGCAUGACAAAACUCAACCAAGAAACGGAGGAGGAUCUUAUGUCAGCCUGCUCUCGAUAGGGGAGAAAGGAAGUGGGAACAAAGAUUGAACCUGGCUUUUGCAGAGGCCAGUGUUUGAAUAUCUGGCGUAGAAUGAAAAGUUAUGAUGGGAAAUAUUCUUGUGUAAGAAGUAAACCCACACACACUCUUCCGCCCUCUCUGUACUCGCAGAUAGUAGAUUUGUACCCCUCCUGUCUCCCUCUUCUCUCAUCCCUCAAUAUAAGUGGCAAUAUUUCAUGAAGCUCUUAAAAUCACAAAGGAGAGAAGUGGCCUUUCGCGUUGUCUGCGUCAUGCCAUUUUGUUUUGUUUUCUUUUUCCCUGUGUGCGUGAGUGUGUGUGUAUGUAUGUAUGUGUUCUGUUUGAAUAAAGAGAUUCUAUGGCCAUAA